CUGGCUUGAGAGUGUCUGCAACAAGACACAGUUGCCGGUGACGGAUGACUUGACACUGAACACAACUCUUUUCUUCGAGCCUGUCAUUGCUGAAGAAGAGGAACCGAACGAAGAGGGAAAACUUUGAGGGGAUGACAGACAGUUGGAAUCAGGAGCAUAAGAUGAUUGAAAAUGUGUCGACUUCAGAUGAUGACUCUUUGAGCUUGGUGCGUGAUCUUGAUGCCUGCCAAAGUAGACGGACAGGGGAGGACACUUAAAAUUUGGCAACAAAGAGCAGAAAAAGACAAAAGAGAUGGAGACAAAUCGACUCAAACCACCAGAGCAAGAGAUGUCCAGCUGUAACCAGUCUGCAGCAGGCCAUGCAGAAUCUUCAUCUCAAUCAGCAGAAAAGGUCUCACAAAGUGUAAAAAUCCCAAACAAGAUGCAGCUUAACAAGAGAAGUGGAACGGGAGAGACUCUUCUGCAUAAAGUAUGCAGAAAAAAAGAUCUGACACAAGUGAAAAUUCUCAUUCAAGCUGGGAUCAGCAUUAACAUGCAGGAUUAUGCAGGUUGGACGGCUCUUCAUGAGGCUUCUGCUGUUGGUGCCAAGGCAGUGGUUGAGGAGCUGUUGAACGCUGGAGCUAAUGUUGAUGCCAGAAACUAUGAUGGUGUCACUCCCCUACAUGAUGCUGUUAACUCUGGACACUAUGAGGUAGUGAAGCUUCUUCUCCAACAUGGGUCAAACCCCAGUGACAGGAAUCAUGGUGGCCUCAGCGCACUAGACAUAGCAGAGGAGGAGGAUAUCAAAGCGCUGCUGUCUCUCUCCAUGUCUUCUGCUACACAUGAGCAGCCUUGUAAAGCAUCUGCCCAAUACAGACAGCCAGAUUAUCCUCCAGCCAUGAUAGAACAAGCAGACCACAGCCAAGCCUCUCAGCGGAGCCGCCUGCGCCUAGUGAUAACCGCGCUGAAGUCAAGCCGGCGUCUCCAGUCAGUGUCGCCAAACGAGAUCUCUCCAACUUCUGAUCGAUCUCCGUGCUCCUCUUCUCCUUCCACGAGGGCCGAAUAGAGGCCCACAGAGACGAAGGAGCCGGCACCAAAGCUGGCAACAGCACCAGCAAUCUUCCUCUGGUACAGCCCCCGGCUAUCCACCAUGAGCGCACACACGGCGCGCACUCCUCUUCAAUGCGGCCGUCUCCACGUCAACAAAGAGAGCCCAGCAUCAGACAAUGGACUGUCACCCACCUUCAACGAGUCCUGAAGGGAAAAGGCAUUCCCUUCCACCGCAACAACAACAAAGCAACGAUGUUCAAGCUAUACACAGCUUGCAUCAGUAACUCUGGCAGCAACAGUCUCUGAGCCUCCCGCACUUCCAGCCACCACACCAGAGGCUAUCACCACCAGCGUCGUCUCGAAUGAAGUCACCGGGCUUUUGCCACCUCCAGGGCCACAACCUGCAUCAUCAGCCCCCCUAGUGGGGGCCAGGUCUUAUUACCCCCUGUGCCUACUUCCUCUGUGUUUGACUUUUCUCAAAUAACGUCAGCUUUCUUCUCAUCCCUGUGUUCGCAGAGUUCACAAAAUCCCUGUGCACAUACAUCCUUUCAUGCCAUCAUCCCUUCCUCUACCUUUCCUUCACCUGCAUACAAUAACAUGGCUCCUGCUCCUUCCUUUUCCAUCAUAGUCAACACUGCAGCACAAGAGCCCCAUCCAGUAACUCAACCACCACAGGCUAAUUAAGUUGGCAAUUCUCAGCCGCCUCCUUCAUUUCCAACUAGUGAUGGUGAAAUCGAAGCUUCAUGAAGCAGUGAACCACUCUGACACAACUGCUUCAAGAAUGACACGCUGCUUCGAAGCAUUUCAUACAGUCAGAAGAGUGACACCUGCUGGCUGUGUGUCAGAACUGCAUCUAAGUGGAAGACCUGAAAAAGCCUCAGGACUGGCUGUAAUGAGGCCUCGCUCUCAGUAGUCAGUUGUGGGCAUGCUGAAGUGGGGAACUAAACACUGUCUCGGAACACUUCCGCUUCAAAAGAUUGACACUAUGUCGAGCAAACUGGCUCGAGCGUAACAUCACUAUUUCCAACUGGUCUAUCCUCAUCCCUCAUCCAUUCGACCCUCAUCCCUUCACCCCUCAACCUUUCAUCCAUUCAACCCUUCAUCCCUCAUCCACUGGACCUGUGACCCUCAUACCUUCAUCCCUCAACCAUCUCUCUCUUACAAGCUAUGCGGAGCCCCCUCCCACCCUGCCACAGCAUGCACAGUCAGUGUUCCACCACCACACUCACGUCCCUCUUCCUCACACAGUGCCUCAGUCUUUUCGACUCACUUUCAGAAGCCCUGUGUUGGAUCCUGACCAACAAUUACAGACUCCUUUACAUUCUUCAUCUUCCCGACGAUUUCCUCAUUGUCAAUCCACCAUUCUCACCUCCUCACCACGGGCUCACUACUCUUACACAAGCUUUCACAGAACUUGGUGUCCCUCUCUCUGGAGAGAAAACCUCAGGGCCAAGCACUGAAUUUCAAGGCAUCAACCUGGACUACAUUUCCUUUUAAGGCAUCUUUGCCCACAGAGAAAGUACAGCGCAUCACUCUGCUUUGUCAGACUAUCCUCUGGUAGACAGAUGCACAAAACGCCAGGCACUGGCCCUUCUCGACCACCUCAGUUAUGCCAUUCACAUAAUUCCACAAGCCAGAUCUUUCCUGUCCAAUCUUUUAACUAAAGCCGUAGCCAUCCCCUCUCUCCAUCAUAAUGUUGUUUUGUAUGAUGCAUGCAAAAUGGAAAUCCAUUUGUGGCAACAUUUCCUUUCUUCUUUGAAUGGGAUUUCUUUCCUCUGUGAUGAUUUCGUCAUCCAGCUUUACAUGGAUGCAGCUCCAUCCCUAGGCCUCUGGGGUUCUCUUCUUGGAAUAGCAUUUCUUUCUUCUAUGACGACUUCAUCACUCAACCAGAGGACAUUCAACUUUACAUGGACACAGCUCCUUCCGUAGGUUUCAGUGGUUACUAUGGAGAGAAAUGUUUCGCUUCCCCAUGGCCUGCAGAGAUCAAAGCCCUUGACUCAGAUUCCCACUCUUCCUCAUCUGCGCUUCAUGAGCUAUAUCCCAUCAUCAUAGUUGCCAUUCUUUGGGUGCCUUGAAUGGUCUACGAAGUCCAUAUUAAUACACUGACAACACUGCAGUUGUAGAGAUCUUUAACAAAAGGCGAUCUCGUUCCCCAGCCAUCAUGCAGUUAAUGCGCAGAUGUAACAUGGUCAAAUACAGCAGUAACAAAUGUUUGAAAUAUUUAUUUGUGAUGUUUAAGCAUUAUAAUUACACAAAACUUCUGUUAAUAGUUAAAACCUGACAUGCCAGUUAGGUGGAACGUUUGAGACUCAGUUCCUGUACCCCUCCGUUUGUUUUUGUGGGUCCCCACCCCUAUAUAUGAUGUCUUCCGCGCUAACCUCUCCCCCUUUGUCACUGCACGAUGUGUGAGAGGUAAGCAGCUUUGUUGCCGGACAUUUCCGUGUUUCAGCCACACUAACACAUGCAUGUAAAAGUUGCUCUGCUAACAUAAACUUACCGAGAGUAUGCUAAAAAGUUUCUAUAUCAUUGAAUUUGUAUAGGAGCUGGAGUAGAGAGCAUGUCUGACCGACAUUUAUGUUACAUUUACUCUUCAUCAGGUAUGUUUUCCAUGCAUGUGUUUUUGAUACGCCCCUUUGUCACUGCACGAUGUGUGAGAGGAGCUGGAGUAGAGAGCAUGUCUGACCGACGUUUAUGUUACAUUUACUCUUCAUCAGAUUAAACGGAGAUCGUCUCCAAAGACAUCUUGGUCUGGGCCUCAUUAAAACACAAUGCAGACAACACUAGCUACCACCGGUUACACAGACUCACAUUAAUUCAGCUCAACAGCAGUUCAUUCUCAGGGCAGCCCGCAUUCCUGGUUACCACGACAGCAUUGACGAUUCAGUGUCUUGUUUCUCAUUCCAGAAAUUCAGACACUUGGCCCCAGAAUCGGAUCUCCACCCCACACCAGUCCCACCAUUUUCAGUCACGACAUUGAACUAGCUCCUCAGCUGAGAAACCUCUUUAACGCUUCACAAGAAGCCAUCCUUAACAGCGUCGCCCCAAGCACUCUCUCCGCCCACUUAACCGGCUGGAAUUUCCUCAAGGCAUAUCAUGCCACUUACCUGCUGUCUCUGGACAUCAUAUCCAUAUGCAAUUUCAUCAUCCAUGCUCAUUCCAAAAUCCGGUCCUCCACCAACCAAACCUUCCUAGCUGGUAUCAACUGUUGUGGCGUACAAGGAUUUCUAACAAAGGCCUACACUUUAUCCAUAAACUUUUGGGCCUACAUGUAACAAUCAAAGCCUGAGACCACAUGUUGGCGCCCAAAAGAACAAAGGAAUCAGUCAACCCCCUUUCUCUGUGUGAAUCAGCUGAUUCAACCCCCAACACAGCACCCCAGCUGACCGGCAGAGGUACAUAAUACAGGUAAUAGGUAAUACACAGCUCCCACUGGGUGAAAUCCGCCAUGGCCAACCCCACACUGAUGACGUCACGCCGGGGUAUAUCAUCACAAAGCGUACCUGAGGGAAACGCUUCUGGCUGUGAUCCUCAUAGCCAAUAGAAGUACCCACAACUGUUCCUAAAGCUUAGCAACUCUUCCCACGUGGCAAACGCUUUAGAAAGAGUUAUUACUGUGCACAGUUAGACGCGUUUUAGGCCUACGGAUUUCCCUCGCUGGUCGAGCUGAUCUCCUCUCC